AUGCCCUUCUAUCUGUUUCCUCCUCUAUUUCUCCCUCUAUUUCCUCCUCUUCUCUUCUUUAUAUUUCCGCCACUGGUUGUUGCUUACUCUAAGUCGGCUUCCCUCCUUAUACUAUUCUUUGCUGUCGAGAUGGAAAUUCCAGCAGUUGUUAUUUUAGCCAACUACGGGCAAGGAUCUUACUAUCCGAUCCGUGAGAUCAUUAGAAACGAUUUGAUUAAAAGAGGCCUUAAUACUUUUCGCGCUUCUUUCAGCUUAAUCUGUGAAGAUAAAAGCAUCUCCUGCACACUGGACACGCUUAGUAAACUUUGCGACGAAGAUAUCCAGAAUCUCGCCCUCGAUCUCCUGUCCGCCUUCCGACAUCUCCCUGCCACUCGCCUUCUACGCUCGAAAACAAUCUAUAACGCCGUCACUAAAUUAACCCCUCCUCCCCGACCGAUACCCUCUUUUUUCCAACCGACUCCAUGGCUCUGUAAUACGAGCAACUUCGCAAAUUCGUUAGAACACUGUAAGUACGUAGACGAUGUGCUUAAGGAGGAGUUUGGUCCUAUGUAUGAUGAUGUGUUGAACUGGUUUGCGGACUUCAGUAUAAAGCUGUCGACAUUUGCGGAGGCUUAUAAGUUAAAUCCUCCAAUCGAUGGUUCUAUUGUAAAAUGUAAGAUGGAUAUCGGUUUUGUAAACAACUUAAAAGUUAGGAAAGACUUGAGAUACCACUGGUCCCAGAUCCUUAUGCCAAAAAAGCUGAAGAGCAACCCGUCCGCCGACAAAGCUUCGGAAGCAUGGCUUGAUCUAGGGAGAUAUGCCAGAGAGUUUAUAAUUACGAUAUUGGGGUUUUUGUGGAUGAGUGAAGAGCAGCUUAGGUUCGAUCCUACUAUUAUAACAUCUGGCGAUAAGCGAUAUAUUGACGUUGAACUCAAUGGCCAAACAAAGCGCUUGAUUAUUGACAGGCGUAUGAAGCGUGCACCUUGCAUAGCCGGCCGGGCAACGACUUGCUGGAAAGCUCAUUGCAAGGGAGAUCCACAGACGUCACUUGUCAUUAAGGACUUAUGGCAGUAUACGGAACGUGAGGAAGAGAGUGAACUACUUCGGGAGGCAACCGACCAAGGGGUAGUUAAUGUGGCCAAGUAUUAUUACCACGAGACUGUUCAAGUCAGAGGCCUAGAUGACAAUAUUCAGACCAAUGUGCGAAAAGGGUUAGAUAUUAUAACUGCAGAGAAUUACCAAGCUGGACGCACUGCGAUGUCACGAAAUACAAGUGUAGCUACUCCACGGAAAGGUCGCAGCACUGCCGGGGUGAAACGGUCAUCCAGCCAGACUGGCGCUCCUCUACUGCCAAACAAACGAUCCUAUUCCGCUUCUCCGACCAAGCCAGCUGGUAGUCCUCUGCCGAAUCGAGUGCACCGCCGGGUUAUACUCCGCACUUUCGGGGAGCCAAUUUAUAAGGCAAGUUCUCGGGUAGCUUUACUCCGUAGGCUCGAGGGUUGUAUAAAUAAAUAUAAGUCUUUACAUAAGACCGGCAUCUUUUAUAAGGAUAUUUUGAUUAAUAAUCUUAUAAUUAAUGAAGAUAAUAACAAUAUGUUCUGGCUGUUAUUCUUAAUCGAUUUAAACCUUGUUAUUAAAGAACAGCGAGAAGUUGUUUCAGGAGCAAAAGGAAAGACAGGAACCAGAGCCUUUAUAGCGAUUGGGGCCCUUUUUGGCGAGCAAUAUUCUUUCAUACACGAUCUUGAGUCAUUCUUUUGGGUACUGUUCUGGAUAUACGUCCACUACAAAGGGCCCGACCAGGGGCAGGGAAACUUCCUCAGAACUACGGAGGAGAAUUUUACGGCAUAUUAUCAGCCAUUAAUACCUUGGGUUAACAGAUUACGGAAGGCAGUCUUUCCGAAUGGCGGGAGGUGGGAGAGAGAGGAUAGGGGCUUAUACUCUCGUAUGAAUGCUAUUUUUUACGAAGUUUGGAAUGACCCGACGGUGUUGGUGGAUAAGUAA